UAAGAGUGAAUUUCUUUAUUAAAAAUCCAGUCACAGUUUAUACGCUUAUCCAAACUCCAAAGAAUGCUCCACAUGGUGGCUCCGCCGCAACUCACCGUAAUCGCUGCUCGCCGGUCGAAGCAGAUUCCGACGAAGAAUACCGAGACCAAGCAAGGGCGGAGGACCAAUGCAGGGUUCGCAGGCAAAAGAAAGGAGGAAUUAUGGCAGUGCGUCGAGGGAUGCGGCGCCUGCUGCAAGCUUGCCAAGGGGCCUUCCUUCGCCUCGCCAGAGGAAAUCUUCCAGAAUCCAUCCGAUAUCGAGCUAUACAAAAGCUUGAUUGGCGCAGAUGGAUGGUGCAUUCACUACGAGAAGAGUUCACGUAAAUGCUCCAUCUACGCCGAUCGACCAUAUUUUUGCCGUGUAGAGUCUCCUGUGUUUGAAAAAUUAUAUGGAAUCAAAGAAAACAAGUUCAACAAGGUUGCUUGCAGUAGCUGCAGGGACACCAUAAAAGCAAUCUAUGGCUUCCAGUCCAAGGAAUUGGAAGGCUUCAACAAGGCAGUUCAGGGCUCUGAGUCUGCAUAGAAUGCUCAAAGGUCACAUAUCUUUCUUAUAGAUUAUAAAGUGUUCUUGCAAUAUGCUGAAACGUAUAUUAUCAUUCUCUCUAGUCUUCACUUUUUCAAAAGGAAUAAAGUCUCUGUUCCUUCUGAAAUCACAUAUUUGUGAAUAGCACAGUAACAGUAGCUUAACAAUUCAUUCAAUUCUUGGUGAACAGAUGGAAGUUCAAACAUUUGACUUUUGGAGCAAAAGUGCUUGUUAAUUACUCUCGAGGGAAUUGAUUUAUACAAAUGAAGAAUUACGUACAUUUGGAGAUAGUUCUUCUCUUA